AUGGUGCGCUCGCUAGUCCCCGGCUUCUCCAGAUCGUCCGCGACUCCCCGCCCCGCUGACGGCACGCCGCAAACCCGCGCCUCCCCCGGUGCCUCCAACCAGACCUGGAAACCACCGAAUGCAUCUCCAAAAACCUACUCGGGUACUCUGGGUGAAGCUUUGCGCAAUAAUCCCUUUGGCAACACGUGGUCCCGACCCAGUCAACUCUCGACCCCGACGUCGGAACAACAACAAGAACAAGAUGAACUGAAUACCGCCCUAGAGACCUUGGUCCACAUAUUCCCAGAUGUGAGGAUAGAAGUUUUCCGCGAGUUGUUGGUACGCUUUGAUGGAAAUAGCAGGACGCAGGUGUGCGUGGAAGAGCUACUCAGACACAAGAAGAAAUGGGUUUCGGGACGAUGGAACAUCCAAGAAAGCGAACAGGAGGAUAGUGCUGGCACUACCCCAGAAGGUCCGAUACAUCACGACUCAGACCUGGUGCCGCCCCAUGAACGAUUUCGGUCCAGCGAGUACAAGACCGCUGUGCGAACGGCGUUGGUCAAAGAGUUCAACGGCCUAAACAACAGUACCGUUGAAGCUGUAUUAGCUGAAGUGAACUUUAGCUAUGCGCGGGCUCGGCCGACUCUUCUCGAUCUAUCGCGUCGGACCUGGCGUGCGACUUUCAAUAACAUCCUUCCGUUCCGGCGGAAGAAGGACCGCGAAACACACCCGCUUAUGGUGUGGCAUCGGGAUCCGAACGGAGAGCUGGUUCCUGGAUUGAAAGAGACAGGUUCUUCGGAGUUGGAUGCUGAGAUUCAUGAGACGAUGGUUGCACCGUUGUUGCGACAGCGGCGGGAAGAGCAAGAAGGGAAGGAUUUCCGAUUCGCAUCUGAUCUAAAUGAAAAAGAAGCGCAGGCUGUUGAUGCCCUGUAUGAAUGUGAAUGCUGCUUUGCAGAUGUCACGUUCGAGCAGAUCGCGACAUGUUCGAGCAACACUCAUAUUAUUUGCUACCAUUGCAUACAGCGGACUGUCUCCGAGGCGCUAUUUGGACAAGGCUGGGGCAAAUCGGUGGACUUGGAGCGGUCUUCUUUGAAAUGCCUUGCGCCACUGUCAGUCGGAUCGUGCGAAGGCUCUCUUGAUCCUCAAAUUGUGAAGCAGGCAAUUCUUCUUGACACAGCUGGGUUUGAGACAUAUCGCAAAUUCGAAGAUCGACUCUCUUCCGAGACGCUCAUGAAAUCCCAGCUGAAGCUCAUUCGGUGUCCUUUUUGUUCCUACGCUGAGAUCGACCCGGUCUAUCACCCCUCCUCCCGUGGUGUUUGCUGGCGCCUCCGCCGUGACGCCGGUAUUCUUCCUACAGUUCUCAUGGUUCUGCUUAUCCUCGAUCUUGUCCCGUUGCUGGUAAUCCCUGUUCUCAUUCUACUUGUUCUGGAACCAGCCACUGUGACAGCAGUCUUUGGCAAUGCAAUUCGCAACCUCUGCCUCAAGAUUCGCCCCAAGCGAUUUAAAUGUGCCAAUCCCGUCUGUCUACGAAUUAGCUGCAUGACCUGCCAGAAACCUUGGCGGGAUCCACAUGUCUGUCAUGAACCUUUACUGCUAGACCUUCGCGCCACCGUUGAAGCAGCCCGCACUGCCGCUGUGAAACGCACCUGUCCACGCUGCUGUCUCUCGUUCGUCAAAUCCUCCGGCUGCAACAAGCUUACCUGUGUCUGUGGCUAUUCCAUGUGCUAUCUAUGCCGCAAAGCCCUCGGCCCACCCAUGCAAGCAUUUGCCCGUCCCCGACACGAAGCCCAAGACGGUGCAGGUGACCCAGAAGACCCCAUGGAAGAUGGAAACGCAUCCGACGAUGAGUUUGAAGAGACAGAAGGCUACAAACAUUUCUGCGAGCAUUUCCGCAUCAACCCAGGCUCCCGCUGUACCGAAUGCACCAAAUGCAACCUGUACCAGGCCGAAGAUGAAGAAGCCGUGGCCCGGCGCGCAGGCGAAAAAGCCGAGCGCGAAUGGCGUAUUCGUCAAGGCGAUGCUGGCACCAAUAACCCGAUCCCGGUUGCAUCGCGGAGUAUCAACCAGGAUCUCUCGGCUGGAGGCGAUCAAUCAACUCGUCGCCCGCCAGUUCUCCACUGGGACAUGCAGCUCAUAUCGGGGAGACCGUGGGGUUACUGGCUGGGCGAUGUAUGGUUAGAGGGUCGGUGGAAACUGGAAGGCCAAGCUCUUGCAGACUGGAUUGUGGAACGGAUUGUUGUCGUUGAAGAUGUUUAA